CGACUGCGACCUGGACGGCUCCUUCGCCCCCGUGCAGGACGCCGAAAACGGAGCCCGUUUCUGCGCCCGGAAGAACAACACGAUGAUCAAAGGCUACAUGGACGCUGAUGGCACGGGCAUGAACUGCAAUUGCGCCCGAGAUGAAGACCGCGAGAAGCAACAGAAGAUGUGCCUCGGCAACGGCAAUUACAAUCCCAAGCAGAAAGACGGCGAAGAUCCCUUCUGCGUGGAUCAGGAUGGGUUUUUCACUAAAAAAAGCGCUCGUAUGACAGUGCGGGCGCGCCCCUUGGUGCGCCUGGGUGGGACUCGGGGCCGGCGGGCCGUCGGGUGGCGCUCAGCGGAAGGGCGGGCGGCGGCGCGGCGGCCGCAAGCGCCGCGGCCGCGCGGCGGCGUGCGCGCG